GCGGCCAUCUCCUCGCUGGGUAUAUAAACCGCUCCACACACCCAGACACCAUCACACUCACUCACUACUCCACAACAUGAAGCUGAUCGUGCUGGUUGCUCUUGUGGCUGUGGCAGUGGCCGACAAGCUGCCCCUCAACACUCCACCAGUCGCCAUCCUCCGCAGCCAGCAGGUCAACCCCGACGAGCUCGGUGCCCACAGCUCCGACUUCGAGGCUGAGAACGGCAUCAAGGUCCAGUUCUCUGGCUCUGAAACUGCCACUGGAGGAGCUAGACUUGUUGGCUCAUAUUCCUACCCUCAGGAGGACGGCAGUUUAGCGACGGUAGAGUUCGUAGCUGACGAGAACGGCUACCAGCCCCAGUCCGACCUGCUGCCCGUGGCCCCGGAGUUCCCCCACCCCAUCCCCCAGUUCGUCCUCGACCAGAUCGCUUUCGCCGAGGAGGAGAGGAAGCGCAAGGAACGCGAAGGAAACUAAAUCGGCGCUAAUUAUAAUGUUCUCUGGAUUCGCGGAUAUACCGCUGGCCACGUCCACUUCUUCCUCCUCCUCCUCCUCCUUCUCCUGCCACGCUUGACCUUCCAACAUACGUCACAGUGUAUAUUUAUUAUAAUUUAUUACAAUGUAAAUAAAUAAUUUGCAAAU